AUGGAAGCAGUGUCGGAGAAGGCCAAGGUGGAGAUGGUAGAGGAGGGGAAAGAAGGUGCAAGUCCAACUAUUAAUGGCAUCUGCAUGCAGCCUAAACAGCCGGGUCCUUGCGAAGCUUUGAUCCGAAGAUGGUACCUCAACGUAGAUAUAAAUAAAUGCGAGCUGUUCAGCUAUGGCGGUUGUCGAGGCAACCAAAACAAUUUCCGUUCAGAGAAGGAGUGCCAAGAUAAAUGUUUUGCGGAGUCGGAGACUGCGACUCCGCUAGUGGUAGUGGAAGUGUGUAAGACAGGGUCCGCUCUACUCGAUCGAUCGGGAGCCAAUGAAGCUUGUAGAGCCGAUGGAAGUUGCCCGCGUGGUUACAGGUGUCAGUCAGGACGUCUAGGGGGCAUAUGUUGUACAGAUAAGGCUGUCGUGGCUGAUCGCAUUAAUCUGCCCCGACCUGUCGCUGCUGUUCUUCUGCCCCGGGACGUCUUGCUCAGUGACAGUGAC